UUUACUACUUCAUUAUUGGCUCGGAAUUCUGUUCUUGCACCAUUGAAUUUUCUUGAUUGGCGCCGUGUCUCCAACAAAGACAAACUCUGGGAGUAUGUGAAGAAGAAAUUUAUCAUCUCAGAGGAAGGGAAAGACUACGUGUUGUCUUCAAUUGGUGCUCUUUGGCGUACGCACAAAUCUAGGAUAAAAAAGAGGCAUUACUCAAAGUAUGACAAUGAUGAAGAGAGAUGGGAAAAUCAGCCGAGAUCAAUUCCAGAUGAAGAUUUCACAGAGUUACUCAAUUAUUGGGACUUGGAGGAGGUUAAGGAACAAGCUGAGAUAAAACCACCUUCUAUAGCAACAAUGUACAUGGAAACUCGCAAAGAAGGGAUGGAAAAGAAUACAAGACAUCUUAUGCGUACUAAAAAUGAAAAACAACCUUCCAACUUUGUGUACCACUUAUUCCUGAUGAAGUUUUGCAGCCAUAUAAAUCCCAAAUCAAGUGGUGAAAUUAUUAAAGUUCAAAUUUCACUUAAAGUUCUGACCUCAAUAACCUUAUCCGUUAAUGAUCGACGGACUUUUGAAGGAACCAAUAAUAAACAAUUGAUCAAGGGUGAAGAUAUAGAUGAUGGGGCAAAUUUACAAUCAAUCCCACCUCGAUUUAACUAUGAAUGCAGUGAAGGAAUGGAGAUGAGAAGUGAGGUUGAUAAAUCUAAAUAUUCUGGUCACUACUCGCCGCCAACCGCCGCCGUCUGCCACCGCAAGGAGCCGCCAGAAAUCGCCGCCUGCCGUGUAUUGUCGCUGGAACCCUGCACAAGCCCAGCCGCAUGCAACUGCGAGUACCAACCCGUAACCGCACGUUGUCGAGCCACUCGCAAGGUCCCAGCGACGCAACGCGACACUCAGUACCACCGCACAUCACCGGCACACCGUCCCUGCUCG